AUGGUUGCUUGUGGAACAGGCCAGAUCUACUGGAAUGUCUAUAAUGAAGACGCCUCGAGAUACAACAUCACAGUGUACGCUGUGAAUGAGGGCGUGGACCAGGCCAUCGAAUCGCCUAGUACAACAGUGGUAUCCAGCACCUCAGCGACAUCGCCAUCGUCUUCUGCUGUCGCCCAAACCUCAUCGGCAGCUGCUACCACAUCCAACAUUGCCCGCUCCCUUUCCGACCCCGUCAAACGCACCACACUAUCUAUAAACACCACCAUCAUCACCCAAUACGCCAACCACGGUUACGGCUGGACACCUGUCCGCCUGCCCGAAGGCAACUACAGAAUCUACGGUCAUGUCUAUGACGGCUAUGGGACGUCUAAUACGAGCAACGUCUUCACCGUGCGAGAGAGCACAAACACGAGCUGCCUGACUGCUUUCGCGGCCAUGAGCAGAACGGCUACCGCAACGCUCAGUAGCGGAACGGUGACCGGAAGCGCAGAGUCUGUGACUGCUACAGCUUCUUCGGGAGCGGCGGCCGGGGGUACGGAGGAUGAUACUGGGUCAAACGGGCUGAGCGGGGGUGCUAUCGCGGGUAUCGUCAUUGGUGUUGUUGCUGGACUUGCCUUCCUCGCGGGAUUGCUCUUCUGCUUGAGGCGUAGGAGACAGCAGGCGAGGCGUGGUGCUCGUGGGGACGACGGUCAUCCGAUGGGCAUGACCCACCGCCGCAUGGCGUCUGCCUCCACAGCGCCAUCUGACCCUGGCCACUCGCCCCUUCCUACUAUGUCUGGACCGGGCGCUAGAGGUGGCCCGAUUCCACUGGGCGCUACAGCUCAUGACAAGAGCUUCACCUCGAGUAUCGACAAGGACAGCGAGGAGAGCUUCGGCCAGGCAACGGCGGAGAGUGCUGCGCCCAUCGUGCUUGCCGGUGGGAGGCAGGAACAAGAAGAGGAAGAGAUGCUUCGAGACGAUCCCUUCCGAUCGCCGGCUCUUCCACCUUCUCAGAACCCCUCGACUGUGUACCCUCAGCCGACGUCUACCUAUGACCCCACUCGUCGCUAUUCCAACCCCGCCGGUGCAAUCCCAGCCGAUCAGCCCACUCGCACCUCGCGCACCGACUCUCAACCCUCCUCACCUCAGCGUCUCCCACGUCGCUCUCCUUCCGGCUCCGCCUCCGUCAAGUCUUCUUCUAAUCCCGGGGAGAGCCCAAGAGUCGGAGCGCUGGGCAGGACGCCAUCGUCGAGGAGAAAACCAGUACCUAGUCUCGGUCCAGAGCUGAGAGGCGAGUUGUCGAAGAAGGCGGACAACAAAAGUCAGGAGGAGGGGAAAAGGGCUAUGGCGGAUGUGGGACUUGGCGUGGGAAACGUGGGGCAGGGACAUGAGGCACAAUCGCGCAGGACGAGUUAUCAGUUGAUGCCUGAUCCUCCCCUGGCCCCGCCUCAGGAGUAA